AUGUCGAGUUCGUCUGGCGCCGCUCAGGGCAACAAGAAGUCAUCUGAUGAGUGUGUUAAAGUCGUAAUCCGUGCAAGGCCCAGUAUCGGUUCAGUCGGUGUGGAAGUGCCAGAGUCACUCACUGCUCCAUCUGACACCGCAUCUACUGAGGACGACCGGUGA